UGUGACAGGUCAUAGUAGUAGUGAUGGAGAGAUGAGCCCCUGAUGUCAGGACAGGCUGUAUGAGUUCAGCACAGCAGCCCGGCUUCACGACUGCUACUGUGGGAAAGGAACCAAAGCUACACACACCCUAACAGAUAUGACAGCAGAUGGAGGGUUGAUGACCGUAGACACUUGGCUUUAACAGUUCAGUGCUGCCCUAUCCGGCACCAUGCAACGAAAAGGUGAAAUCGAAAUUAUCGAAUGGGAGCAUCUGGACAAGAGGAAGUUUUUCUCCCUGAAUGUAUUGUUAGCCUUAACCACCCGGGCCACGGUCUAUCCGACCAACGUCAUCCGAACCCACCUCCAGGUGCAGAGGGGAAAGAGCCUCUACUCCGGCACCUUUGAUGCUCUCUGCAAGAUUGUGUGGGCCGAGGGCGUGCGUGGCCUCUAUCGCGGAUUCAUGGUUUACACGCUCUCCAUCUUCUCAAAACAGGCUUAUUUAACCACCUAUGAAGUGGUACGCAAGUGUGUGUCCCUGCACACAUCCAAUAACACGGUGAAGUCGUUGGUGGCAGGGGGGACAGCGUCCCUUCUGGCCCAGACAAUCAGUGUGCCCAUAGAUGUAGUGUCUCAGCACCUGAUGAUGCAAGGACAAGGGAAACACCUGACCCGCUUCAAGACCAGACCCGAAAUGACGUUCGACCUGACCAAGGGCAGAUUAACGUUGGGGCAGACGCAUGCAAUUGUACGGCAAAUAUUUGCAGCAGAUGGACUCAGGGGCUUUUACAGGGGCUAUGUGGCGUCCAUACUCACAUACAUCCCCAGCAGUGCACUGUGGUGGACUCUUUAUCAUUUUUAUACAGAGCAGAUGUCCUCGCUGGCACCCCGUGAGUGCCCCCACCUGGUUGUGCAGGUGGUUGCAGGACCACUGUCUGCAGCAACUACCGCCAUCGUCACCAACCCAAUAGACGUUGUCCGAUCCAGAAUGCAGGUGGAGGGACGAUCCUCUCUUAUCAAGACGUUCAAGCAUCUGGUGGUGGAGGAGGGCGCCUGGGGGAUGACCAAGGGGCUGUCGGCCCGCAUUAUUGCCGCCGUUCCCACAUCCAUGGUCAUCGUGCUGGGAUACGAGACUCUGAAGAGACUGAGCCUGCGAGAUGACCUGGUCGAGUCCAGACACUGGUGAAAGGACACAUGGAGUCAGAGCGGCCCUGCACCAGGCAUCAUCUCAGGGGACAAUGACCCGUAUGUGUCUCCACUCUUCAGACUGUUUUGUAUUAAUACAGUAUUUAUACUGCAUGAUGAGAGCAAGGGGUGAUGUUUUGCAGGUGCAUGUGAGAGUAACAGGUGUUAUUAUAUAUUAUAUUAUUAUUUCUGUUUUCCUUUUGCCAAACCUGUUUCUUCUGCUUUUUUGCUAUACUGAUACUGCAAAAUGUUACUGCCAAAAUGAAAAGCACCAUGUAAAAAUAAUCUGCAUGUAUGCCUCUCAACUGAUGCAUUGAAAAAUGACAACAGGCUGCUUGUUACAGGAGAAUGGACAACUCAAGUCAGUGCUUCUCUAAUUAUAUAUUUUAACAACACACAUUGACUCAGUAUUUUGUAUCAGUGGAUACUGGAGAGAACAAUAGUCUGUGGCCACCACAUGUAAAACCAUUCCCUUUUUGGGGCUUUUCUUGCUUUUGCCUCCACGACACCUUUCAUUUGCACCAAAGCAGGUGAACUUGAUUCACAAUUACUUGUGCUUCCUAAAUGGACAGGUUGAUAUCCCUGAAGUUUAGGGUUAGGGGUUUGAGCAGUGUUUAUAAAUGUUAAGGUAUCUCCCAGAAACACAAUUAUUUAAUAUAUCUAUCUAUCUAUCUAUCUAAAAGCCUUUGUGAGCAGGUAGUCAGACCUUAAAGUCUAGCUGUUGCAGUUUGUGAGGUUAGAAGUGCAGGUAUCUUGACCCAGUCUGCACAUUGAUAAAUGAUAAAUGAAAAGGCCAAACAAGCAGGUGUUUCUGGUUCUUCCUGUUCCUGUCUGUGUAAAGUGACUGUAUAAAAUAUGCACAUAGAUUUAGGAUACUUCAGACAUCAGCAGCUCAUGUAAACAGUAUUUACACUGCUCUGAUGCCAGAGGGUCAGAUCUGCUAUUAUUCUGUUACAGGGUGGAAAGUUUAACCACUGGGAGGUUUUUGCAGUUUGGUUACAUUAACAGAAUGAAAGCAGUGGCGGCACACAAGCUCCAAGUAGCCUUCAGAUUUCACCGGUCCUCUUCAGGAGUGUGAGGUACAACAAAGCUGCAGGAGAAUAAUGCAGCGGAUGAACUGUUACUGUUACUGUUAGAAAACUAAUUUCAACCAGGAUCCACACGUUGUGGCCUUUCUGUCAUUGACUUAAAAUGUUGUCAUGUUUGUACAACACUGUGUUUGAGUCACUAAGAAUGAUCGACUCAAUAUUUGCUCCGCAUCUUCUGAACCAACACUUCGGUUGUGAGGAGGAAGUGCAUCACCUGUAUUUACCAAUGACCUGCUUAUAACUGAGAAUCCCUGGACGUUUCAUGGUUUCAAAAUUUUAACUUGUUGUCCCUUGAUUAAGAAUAAUAAAAUAAUCUGAAUCAC